CGAAUUGAAAAUGGAUUAUUCCGCCGCGACCGAUCAGGAUACGGUUAUAAAUCUGACGAAUCACGCUUAUUUCAAUCUUGCCGGAUCGGGAACGAUUCUCGAUCACAUUCUGGAAAUAAAUGCGGACGAAUUUACUCCGACCGAUGCCGUUUCGAUUCCGACGGGCGAAAUUCGCAAAGUUGAAAAAACGCCUUUCGAUUUUCGCAUCGGAAAGGCGAUGGGCAAAGAGAUCGACGAAGCGGACGAUCAAUUAGAAUUCGGCAGCGGUUACGAUCACAAUUGGAUUUUGAACAAAACGCAAGGCGAAAUGUCGUUGGCGGCAAAAGUGACUGAACCGAACAGCGGGCGAGUUCUGGAAGUUUUGACGACCGAACCGGGAAUUCAGUUUUACGCGGGCAAUUUUCUGGCAGACGGCAAAGGCAAAGGCGGAAAAAUUUACAACAAACGCGAGGGUUUUUGUCUGGAAACACAGCAUUUCCCCGAUUCACCGAAUAAACCGAAAUUUCCGACGACAAUUUUGAAAAAAGGGCAAAAAUUUGCCUCGACCACGAUUUAUAGAUUUUCAGUUAAAAAAUGA